CGCGAUCUUCCACCGCAUUUGGUAGGGGAGAAGAUACUCACGAGGGUUCCGAUAACAUCUCUGGGAGCAGUCCGGUCCACUUGCAAAUUAUGGAACGCUUUAACCAAAGAUUGGAUUUUGGGUAAAGCGUCAGCGGCAAGGCAGAAUUAUUUAGGGUUCAUGACGAUGGAUUCAAAGGUUUGUUCAAUUAGAUCCCAUCUCUGCCGCAGCAAUGACAAGGAAGAGGAAGACUUGGUUGGUAUAUCUAUAAAGCAGAUAGAUUGGCUUAAACAUGUGGAGAUGUCUAAAGUGUAUCACUGCAACGGGUUAUUGUUAUGCGUCACCAAGGACCACUCGAGGCUCGUGGUUUGGAACCCUUAUUUGUUGCAACAAUGGUGGAUCAGCCCCAGAACAGAUUUCCACAGGCUAGACAGCUAUGCUCUCGGAUACGACAUGAACCGUAACCACAAAAUCUUGCGGUUUUUGGAUUGUUUCGAGAAAGGCGUUUGCAUGUACGAAAUUUACGACUUUAGUUCAUGGAGGGUUCUCGAGGUCACUCCCGACUGGGAGAUAGAUCCUUUUCAAGGCGGUGUUUCUGUGAAGGGAAAUACCUACUUUUAUGCUCAUGAGUCAACACUAGCACCAGGCUUCUCUGGUGGAUACAUGGAAAAUGGAGAUUUUGUGGUAGAUGACUAUGAGGUUGAAGAUUUCUUGCUCUGUUUUGAUUUUACAAGAGAGAUAUUUGGUCCCCGUCUGCCUCUUCCGUUUCACUCUUGGAGUUUAGAGGACACUGUGACCCUCUCAUGUGUUAGAGAAGAGCAGCUCGCUGUGCUAUAUCAGGAGGAUGAGGAUUCUGGUAUUCCAUGUAACAUAGUUCAUAUUUGGGUUACAACUAGCAUUGAGCCCAACUCUGUGUCCUGGAGCAAGUUUUUGACUGUGGAAAUGAGACCAUUUGCCCGCACUGGUGUUCGCUUUGACCAUUAUACGGGUGGGACCUUCUUCAUUGACGAGGAACAGAAAGUCGCUGUGGUGUUCGACAUAGACGGAUACCUACCCAGGGGUCCCAAGACAGUUCGUUACCAUACUGCUUUUAUCAUUGGAGAAGAUGGAUACUUUAAAUCUGUGAGUCUUGGAGUAGCUCCCAAAAACCCUUAUGAACCUCCUUGUUCCGGGUAUGUCCCAGAGCUUUAUCUUCCCCCACUUGUGUGUUCUUCUUCUUAUCUUCCAAGUUUAGUGCAUCUCAACCAACAGCACAAAAGGAAAGAAAGAGAUGCUUAG